UAGGGGGCGUUUCCUCUACAGUACAAGCAGCUGCAGCAUCAUGUCCUCCAGGAACCCGGGCUCAGAGCUGGGUGAGUGUCUGGGAGUAUUAGAUCUUGGUUGGAUCUCGAGAGUUGGGGUCAAUCACCCGGCCGUCCUCAGGCGAGCAGAGCAGAUUCAGAGCCGGAGGACCGUCAAGAAAGACUUUCAGGCUGCGUGGCUGCUGACUGCUGUCACUUGUAUAGACCUCACCACUCUCUCUGGAGAUGACACACCAUCCAAUGUCCACCGACUCUGUUUCAAGGCUAAACAUCCAAUCAGAGAGGAUCUCCUGCGCAGCGUCCGGAUGGAUGAGCAAGGUCUCAGCACUGGCGCUGUGUGCGUGUAUUCAGCUCGGGUGCAGGAUGCCGUCAAAGCCCUGAAGGAUGCUGGAUGUAAGAUACCCGUUGCAUCAGUGGCCACAGGAUUUCCUGCAGGUCAGACCCCACUGAAGACACGGCUGGAAGAGGUCCGCACAGCUGUGGAGGAUGGCGCCUGUGAGAUUGACAUUGUUAUUAAUAGGACGCUGGCCCUCACUGGCCGGUGGAGAGAACUAUAUGAAGAGAUACGACUGUUCCGUGAGGCUUGCGGAGAGGCGCACAUGAAAACGAUCUUGGGCAUCGGAGAGCUUGGCUCCCUCACUACGGUAUACCGCGCGAGCCUCGUCGCCAUGAUGGCAGGUUCUGAUUUCAUCAAGACAUCCACAGGGAAGGAAUCUGUCAAUGCCACGUACCCUGUAGCCCUGGUGAUGGUGCGGGCAAUCCGGGCGUAUUACUGGAAGACCGGCGUCAAGGUUGGAUUUAAACCGGCUGGCGGGAUUCGCAGCGCUAAGGAAGCUCUUGUGUGGCUGUCGCUGAUGAAGGAGGAGCUGGGUGACGAGUGGCUGACCCCGGAACUCUUCCGCAUUGGAGCCAGUACCCUGCUAGGGGACAUUGAGAGACAGAUUUAUCAUCACGUGACUGGCCGAUACGCUGCGCACCACGAUCUCCCGAUGGCGUGAUUGGCCAAUAAGCUGCACACCAUGAUCCCCCGAUGGCAUGAUUGGCCGAUACGCUGCACACCACGAUCCACCGUUGGCGUGAUUGGCCGAUACGCUGCACACCACGAUCCCCCGAUGGCGUGAUUGGCCGAUACGCUUCACACCACGAUCUCCCGAUGGCGUGAUUGCCCAGUACGCUGCACACCACGAUCUCCCGAUGGCGUGAUUGGCCGAUACGCUGCACACCACGAUCUCCUAUGGCGUGAUGACACGUGGGAUACUGUUAUCAUUAUAAUCAUGUAUAAAUGGAAUACCUCAAUAGCAAUGUCCCCGGCCUCAGCAGUACACGUGGUGGGAUGGGGUCGGAGUAUUCACCUUUUUGUUACUAUUCUGUCACUUGUGUAAAUCAUUAUGUAAUCCUGUGAUGCUUAAUCACCAUUAAAAUGUUCUAUCUCCUGCCUGA